UCUUUUACUUUAAAAAAAUAAUCAUUUUUCUUUAAGUAACCUUAUAUGUAACCUUGCUUUUGCAUUUGACCCUUGCUGUUCUUGUCCUCUUACUUGUCCCUGAUUGAUUAAGAAACAGUUUUGAGGGUAAUUUUGCUGGUACCUGGCAACCCUGACCACCUAUUUGGCUUGAGAUCAAGAUGAAUGAUGUGCUACUCAUAACUAAAAGUGAAAGUAGAUGCGCAGAGCAUUCGCAGCGCCAUUUUAAACCGUUAUUUAUGAUACAUAACAUCAUUUUCAAUAAAAUGGUUUAUAUAAAGUUCAGGCAGAAAUUUGUGUAGCUACGUGAUGCAAAAGUUUUUCUCCACUCUCAAGAUCAGCUGAAUUAUAAAGGCUCUUUAAUUACUUUACAUUUUGCGAGUGUUUGUCACUUGGAUCUAGAGUCAGCAGUGAAGAACAAACAAUUCAUGUCAUGGAUGACACGCAUAUAUCCGAAGAUGAAGAUUAUUUUCCACAAUGCAGUCGAGUUCAGAAGAAGAGAGCAGAACCAGAGCCCAGCUGUGUGUCUAUGAAGAGUGACGGGUCUAUUGGUCAGCUAGUAGAUUUUAAGAGUGGAGAUACACAGCCUGGUCUCAGUCCAGUUAAGAAGAAGAGAUCAGAACCAGAGCCCAGCUGUGUGUCUAUGAAGAGUGACGGGUCUAUUGGUCAGCUAGUAGAUUUUAAUAGUGGAGACACACAGCCUAGUCUCAGACCAGUUGAUCAGAAGAGAUCAAAAGCAGAGCCCAGCUGUGUGUCUAUGAAGAGUUACGGUUAUAUUGGUCAGCCAGUAUAUUUUAAGAGUGGAGAUACACAGCCUAGUCUCAGACAUGAAGUCCUUAACACAUUUAGAUCAAACUUGAGGAAGAAGUUUGAGUGUCUGUAUGAGUCAACAGCAAAGCAGGAAAACCCAACACUCCUGAAUGAGAUCUACACAGAGCUCGAUAUCACAGAGAGUGAGAGUGGAGAGAUCAAUAAAGAGCAUGAGGUGAUACAGAUUGAGACACAAUCCAGGAGAGCAUCAACAGAGAAUACACAGAUCAAAUGCAAUGACAUAUUUAGACCUUUACCUGGACAAGACAAACCCAUCAGAACUGUGCUGACAAAGGGAGUCGCUGGCAUUGGAAAAACAGUCUCUGUGCAGAAGUUCAUCCUGGACUGGGCUGAAGGGAAAGAGAAUCAGGAUGUCCAGCUCAUAUUUCCACUUCCUUUCAGAGAGCUCAAUUUAAUGAAGGACAAAAUACUCAGUCUUUCUGAUCUUCUUCAUGUCUUUUACACUGAAACAAAGGAACUGAAAAUAUCCAGUGAUGAAUAUAAUAUGUUGUUCAUCUUUGAUGGUCUAGAUGAGUGUCGUCUGUCUCUGGAUUUUCAAAGCGAUGUGAGGUUGCGUGAUGUGACUGAAUCAGCCUCAGUGGACGUGCUGCUGACAAACCUCAUUGCAGGGAAUCUGCUUCCCUCUGCUCUCAUCUGGAUCACCUCGAGACCAGCAGCAGCUGAUCUCAUCCCCUCUACGUGUGUCCAUCGAGUGACAGAAGUACAAGGCUUCAACAACCCACAGAAGGAGGAAUAUUUCAGGAAGAGAAUCAGUAAUCAGAGUCUGGCUGAUACAAUCAUCUCACAUCUGAAGUCUUCAAGGAGCCUCUACAUCAUGUGCCACAUCCCAGUGUUCUGCUGGAUCUCAGCCACUGUUCUAGAGAAGAUGUUGAGUGAAGCAGAGAGUGGGGAGAUUCCCAAGACUCUCACUCAAAUGUACACACACUUCCUGAUCAUUCAAACCAACAUCAAACAUGAGAAGGACUAUGAGAAGAAAGUGAAAAAUGAAGACAUGAUCUUCAAACUGGGAAAACUGGCUUUUCAGCAGCUUGUGAAAGGCAACCUGAUCUUCUAUGAGGAAGAUCUAAGAGAGUGUGGCAUUGAUGUGACAGAAGCAUCGGUGUACUCUGGAUUGUGCACUCAGAUCUUCAGAGAGGAGUUGGGCUUGUAUCAGGGGAAAGUCUUCUGCUUUGUUCAUCUGAGCAUUCAAGAACAUCUAGCAGCUCUAUAUGUGCAUUUCUCCUUUACAAACAACAACAUCAAUGUGUUUGACCAAACCAAACAUAUUCUUUUUUUUUCAAACAUAUUCUUUUUUUUUUCAAACAUCAUUUUUAAAUGGAUGAGUUCAAUAUCUAAGCUGCAUCAGAAAGCUGUGGAUGAGGCUUUACAGAGUAAGAAUGGACAUCUGGACCUUUUCCUGCGUUUCCUUCUUGGUCUCUCAAUGGAGUCCAAUCAGACUCUCUUACAAGAACUACUGACACAGACAGGAAGCUGCUCCAACAUCAAAGACAAAACAGUUGAGUACAUCAAACAAAAGAUCAGGGAGAAUUCCUCUCCAGAGAGAUCCAUCAAUCUGUUCCACUGUCUGAAUGAACUGGGUGAUGAUUCACUGAUGCAGGAGAUCCAAGAUUAUCUGAAAUCUGGAAAAAUAAGAGAAACCAAACUCUCCUCUUCACAGUGGUCAGCUCUGGUAUAUGUGUUGCUAAUAUCAGAGCAGAAGAUGGAUGUUUUUGAUCUAAAACAGUUUAUUGGAGCAAAAAAUACAGCAGAUGAAGUUCUUAGGAAUCUUCUGCCUGUGGUUAAAGAAUCCAGCUCAGUUCAUUUGAAUUAUUGUGGUGUCAUGGAUGAAGGUUGUGAUGCUCUGGCUUCAUGUCUGAGAUCAAACCCCUCACAACUGAGAGAACUGGAUCUGAUUCAGAAUAACAUUGGAGACACAGGAGUGAAACUGCUUUCUGCUGGACUCAAAGAUUCUCACUGUAAACUGAAAACUCUGCGGUUGCGUUAUUGUGGUGUCACAGAUGAAGGUUGUGCUGCUCUGGCUUCAGCUCUGAGAUCAAACCCCUCACACCUCAGAGAACUGGAUCUGUCACAGAAUUAUCUAAGAGACUCGGGAGUGAAUCUGCUCACUACUGGAUUGAAGGACCACUGUAAACUGGAGAUAUUGAAGCUACAUAGCUGUGAUCUCACCGGUCAUUGCUGUAAAAGUUUGUCUUCAGUUUUACAAUCCUCAAACUCUGUCCUGAGUGAGCUGGACCUGAGUAACAAUGACCUGCAAGAUUCAGGAGUAAAAUUUCUUUCUGAUGGACUGAAGAGUCCAAAUUCUCAGUUGAAGAUACUAAGAUUGUCUGGCUGUAUGGUGACAGAGGAAGGCUGUGGUUAUCUGUCUUCAGCUCUGAGUUCAAACCCCUCACACCUGAGAGAGCUGGAUCUGAGCUACAAUCACCCAGGAGAUUCAGGAGUCGAGAUGCUCUCCGAUGCACUCAACCAUCCAAACUGCACAUUGAACAAACUCAAUGUGGAUCAUGGAGGAGAGUUCAGGAUUACAGCAGGACUACUCAAAUAUGCCUGUGAUCUCACACUGGAUCCAAACACAGCUCACAAUGAUCUCAUUCUGUCUGAGAAGAACAGAAAGGUGACACAUGUGAGAGAGUCUCAGUCAUAUCCUGAUCAUCCAGAGAGAUUUGACAAGUCUCUUCAAGUUCUGAGUAGAGAGAGUCUGUCUGGACGCUGUUACUGGGAGGCUGAAUGGAGUGGAGAUGCUGUUAUAUCAGUGACAUAUAAAGGAAUCAACAGGAAAGGACGGAGUGAUGACUGUUUGUUUGGAUGCAAUAAAAACUCCUGGAGUCUGAAACGCUCUAAUGACAAAUUCACUGUCUGUCAUGAAAAUAAGUUCACUGUCAUCCAUGUCCCUUCAGGCUCCUGUAAGAGAAUCGGAGUGUAUGUGGACGUGGCGACCGGCACUCUGUCCUUCUACAGCGUCUCUGACACACACACACUCACACACUUGCACACAUUCACCUCCACAUUACACACUCAGUCUCUCUGUGCUGGAUUUAGGGUCUAUGGUUUGAACUCCUCAGUGUCUCUGUGUGAGAUUGAAAAGCUUGUGAGCAACAGCACAGAGAAAAAGCUCAGGAGAAACAACCCUGACUGAAAGAAAUACUCACACUUUAUAUGUUUUAUUAACAAAAAUCGUAGGAGCACAUGAUCUACCCAAACAGUACAAUUGGAGGCCUAGAUAUAGAAAGCCAACACACCUCCAUUCCUCGACAGUCUUUUCUGAGUCCCUUCGCCACCCCGACCCCUCACUCUCGGCUAGUUCCUAUCCCAGCCAGGGAUUUGGGGGAGUACUCUGGCUUCGGGCCACAUUCCAAGCUCGGAACUGUCCUCGGACAGCACACCAAAUAUUUCAUAUGAACUCAUGAAAUACUGUUUAUGUACUGUCAGUUACCCAGCAUGCUUUGCAUCUGUAUAAGCUCUGACUGUCCAUUUACUCGUAAAGAGUAAAUUAAGUGUAAUUAAGUGUGUAACGAAGGCGGGACUCAGGUAGGGAUCCAAAUGCAAAGCUUUAUUUACAGUGAGCGUUGUAAUACAGGCAGGGUCAAACGGGAGCAAACGGGAACAACAAGGAACAGGCAGAAUCGUAGUCAGGGUGCAGGCGAUGGUCAGGACAGGCAGCAACGGGUCAACAAACAGGAAACAGGCAGGAACGGUAACACAGGACAGGCAGACAGGAUAUAACGCUUGGUAAUGCAACACAGGGAAAACAAGACCUAGCAGUGAGGUGAUGUGUGUAAGAGUCUUUUAUAGUCCUGGUAAUGAGCUGCAGCUGGGUGUGGUGAUUAGUGAUUAGUGUUAAGUGUGUGCCGGUGAGUGGCAGAGUGGAUGAUGGGGGAUGUAGUCCGGGAACUGACAGGAACAGACGGUGAUCAUGACAAAGUGAAACUGGUUUGGUGGAGUUUUAUUUUUUAUAUAUUUAGUUUAUAGUUUUUUAUAUCUCACUUAUAUAAAGGUAUUGUUUGUAUAAUUGUAUGUUUUCUUUUUUUUUUCUCCUGUGAAGCGCUUUGAGAUGCUACUUUUUAAAGUUUAUUAUUAUUUGUUAGUUAAAUGUCCAGAAUUGUGUGUAAGGUCAUAUGUUGUGUUUAUGUUUUAUCAUUGUUGAAUUGUCUAGUCUCAGAAAUGUAGUGCCACUUUAUGGCCAUGUUCAAUAAUGGUUUUUUUCUAUCUUAUACAUUAUAUUUAUUCAGCAUACUAUACUGAAUAGAGUUUAAAUAUGGACUAGGUUCGACUUGAGGAGGAUUCAUUUGGUUGAGUCAAUUGAUAUUUAAUAAAUUAACAGCCAGCUCUUUUAUUGCAAACAUGCAAGAAAAUAAAGUUUGAAUAAACAAUUACCACAAUUUAAACAAA